UCUGAGAACAAAAGCUCGCGCCUGUCACGUAGCUGGGGCGGCGGCCGGCCGGUGCCUACUGGAAAGAUCCUUCAUGUGCCACGCCGCGGUGGCGGACUCGGGGGAGCAGCACGGGCGGGGGCGUCUCGCCGCCGGCGACGGCGGCGGCGGAGACCGCCAGCAGCCCCUGCCGCUGGAUCCCGUGGUGAUGGAAGCCACCACGGCGGCGUUGCCGGCGCUGUCGCGGGGCAGGCAGGCGCGGGAGAUGUCGGCCAUGGUGGCCGCGCUGGCCAGGGUGGUCGCCGGCUCGGCGCCGCCGGCCAAGGCACCCCACCAGGCCGUGCAGGAGGCCUCAGCGGAGGAGGCGUGGUGGCCGUACGACGAGCUCGUCGCUGAGCCGUCCCCUGCCUUCGUGCUCGAUGGCUACGGCGAGACGCAGCCGCCGCCGGAGCACUACUGGCCUGCGGUUGCGGCGGAAACAGAGGCGGCGACCUCCUCGCAGACGCAGUACCGUGCCGCCUCUGCCGCCGCGGCCGAGGAGGAGCUACCCUCGCCGUCGUCCGCCGGCGCCGGGGCGAGCAGCGGCGGCAGCGCGGCGCCGCGGAAGAGGUACCGCGGCGUGCGGCAGCGUCCGUGGGGGAAGUGGGCGGCGGAGAUCCGUGACCCGCACAAGGCGGCGCGCGUGUGGCUGGGCACCUUCGACACCGCCGAGGCCGCCGCCCGGGCCUACGACGGCGCCGCGCUCCGGUUCCGCGGCAGCCGGGCCAAGCUCAACUUCCCCGAGUCCGCGACGCUCCCGUUCCCGCCGCCGCCGGAUCCCGCCUCGCGCGCAUUGCCGCCGCCGCCCAGGCCGGAUGCGCUGCUGGAGUCGCACUCGCAGGCGCCCCCCACCGGCGGCGGCAUGGAGCCAUACGCGGAGUACGCGAGGCUCUUGCAGAGCGCCGGUGGCGACCCCGGUGGCUCAUCCGGGACGCCAAGUGGCACGUUGCCUCUGCCUCCUGCAACGUACAGCUUCGCGGCAGAGGGCGUGACACCGUUCAGCUACCUCUCGCCGCCGCAGAGCCGCGGCGAGCCAGCAGGCAACCCUGCGGCGGCGUGGGCGAGCCACUACCACGGCUCGUACCCGCCGUGGCGGUGGGACCAGUCAGGUUGACCCCCGUCAACGGAAAAAAGGGUGCCUACGUGGAGAGAUCUGGUCAGCUCCCUCUAACGCCACGUGGCGAGCGGUCAACGGUUCAGACGGCGGGGAAGUCGUGGGAGUGGGACGGCACGAGACGCCGCGGUGAACCCUCGCUGUCACUGACAGGGGCGGCCGCGGGUUGCGUCGUGGAAAGACGCCGUCAAGCUGCUGUGCCUGUCCGUCAGUCGCCGUCCCGGGUGCGGCGGUCGGCCAGUUCAAACGGCGCCGGGUCAGAUGGACGGCGCAAAACGGCAAAGGUGAUUAGGACGCCCCGAUAGCUUGGAAUCAACGAGCUUGGAGAGAAGCGAUCAGAAACGAAGCCCUGGGCAUGGAUAACUUUCUUCAUUUUUUCUUUCUUUAGAUUCAAAAUUUGAGUGCUUCCUUUGAAAUCCGUUGUUCAAGUGCUCCCUACAACUAACACUGAAAUUCCAUCCUGUCAAUCAAACUUGUGGCCCCUUCAUUUGA